GGUGCUAGCGUUAUUACUUCGAAACCCUAAUCCCUCUAUUCCGAAAUUGUUUUUUUAAUUCUCCCGUCUACCUUCACACAGCGAUCUUCAAGCUUUCUAACUGCAACAGCCAUCUUCAAGCUUCAGACACCAAUCCGCAAUCAACAAUGGCCGACGAAGAUUACAACGAUUUGGACAUGGGAUAUGAGGAUGAACCAGUGGAGCCUGAGAUUGAAGAAGGUGCUGAGGAAGAAGUGGAGAAUAAUAACAAUGAAGACGUUGCUGGAGAUCCCGUUGAAACUGAGGAGAAAGAAGAGCAGCAACCGGUACAGCGCCCUCGUAAAACCUCAAAAUAUAUGACAAAGUAUGAGCGUGCCAGAAUCUUGGGUACCCGCGCUCUCCAGAUCAGCAUGAAUGCGCCUGUGAUGGUUGAGUUGGAGGGUGAAACUGACCCACUCGAGAUUGCAAUGAAGGAGCUUCGGGAGCGGAAGGUACCCUUCACCAUUCGCCGCUACCUGCCUGAUGGAAGUUAUGAAGACUGGGGAGUCGAUGAAUUGAUUGUGGAAGACUCCUGGAAGAGGCAAGUGGGAGGUGAUUGAUCUUCUUUUGUAUUAGUCAUUAUUAAUGGACUCUAGAAGUUAUAUAUGAUGUGCACUGUAAUCUUGUAUAGCUCUCUUCUGUAGUCCAGAAAAAAAAGUUGGGGAAUCGAAACUUCUUAACUUCUUGAUUGUAAUCCUUUAAUGGUGCUUUAGUUAAUAUUAUGUUAUUGACUUCGACUUC